AUGGCUGCUUCCAGGUUACCCCCGGCGACUCUAACACUAAAGCAGUUCAUGAGAAGGCAACAAGUUCUACUUCUCUACAGAAGGAUUUUGCAAGCAAUUCGGCAAGUUCCAAAUGAUUCUGAUCGCAAAUACCUUAAGGACUGGGCAAGGGAAGAAUUCAAAAGAAACAAAGGUGCCACCGAAGAGGAUACAAUCCGGAUGAUGAUUACUCAAGGCAAUAUGCAGCUCAAGGAGUUAGAAAAAACACUUGCUUUGGCAAAAUCUUAA